GCCGCGAUGAGCGGAAAUAAUCACAAGUAUGAAAAACAGUUGGAUGGUGGAAAGCUGUUAGAUUUGUUUGUGGGGUGGCCUCGUGGUUUCACAAAAAGCGUGUAGCUGAGGUUACAGUACGCUAUUCGCCGGCUCAUGAAUAAGAAUUAAGUGGAAGAAAACCGUCGUGCCAGUGACUUGAGAUUUAACAGCCACUUGACCCAGAGGAGAGAAAACCACACCGGGCGGUAGACUUUUGUUCGAGUCAAACCUUGCUUAUUUUCACCAUGGCCCUGAGAGGAUCGCUGACCAGAUUCUUGAGAUCCACGUUGAGUUCUUGUCAACAGAAACGAUCGAAUUCGGUCGCGAUUCUGGGAGCUCCUUUUUCCAAAGGACAGAAAAAGAGAGGGGUGGAGCAUGGACCCAAAACUAUCCGGGAUGCGGGUUUGGUGGAGAGACUUUCAAAUCUUGACUACCCUGUGCAUGACUUUGGAGACCUGAGCUUCCAGCACCUGGAUAAGGAUGAGAACUUUAUGCACGUGCCAUUCCCACGCACAGUCGGACGAGCCAAUCAGAUUUUGUCUGGAGCUGUGAGCAACGCAGUGGGAGCGGGACACACCUGCAUCAUGCUGGGGGGAGACCACAGUUUAGCGAUUGGUUCAGUGGAAGGCCACACCCAACAGUGCUCUGACCUAUGUCUGAUCUGGGUUGAUGCACAUGCAGAUGUCAACACACCUCUGACUUCACCUUCUGGAAACCUCCACGGGCAGCCUGUGGCAUUCAUGCUUAAGGAGUUGCAGGACAAGAUGCCAGAAGUUCCAGGAUUUUCCUGGAUGAAGCCUUUCCUGUCUGCCACCGAUCUGGUCUACAUCGGCCUCAGAGAUGUUGAUCCAGGAGAGCAUAUAAUCCUGAAGACUCUUGGAAUACAGUACUUCUCCAUGCGUGAUAUUGACCGAAUGGGCAUUCAAAGGGUAAUGGAGGUCACACUGGAUCACCUCUUGGCAAGGAAGCAAAGGCCCAUCCACCUGAGCUUUGACAUUGACGCAUUUGAUCCCUCCCUGGCUCCUGCCACUGGAACUCCUGUUAAUGGAGGGCUGACCUAUAGGGAAGGCAUCUACAUCACAGAGGAGAUCCACAACACAGGCUUACUGUCUGUGAUGGAUCUGGUUGAAGUGAACCCCACACUGGGAGCAACGUCCGAAGCUGUGGAGGCCACAGCUAGCCUAGCUGUUGACGUCAUUGCAGCCGCUCUCGGUCAGACUCGUGAGGGUGCACAUGUUGCUUUCCAGAAGAUUCCACAACCAAAAGAGGACACUGGGCUACGGCUGUAAAGCGCCAAGCAUUGUGGGCUUUGAUAAAAUACUAUGAACCACUUUGCAUUCCACUGAAAGAACAACAGUGAAAGGUUUGCAUAGACUAAGCACCAGGCUUUAAUUUGAAGAUUGCUGUAGGUGUAACUGGCUUAGUCAAAACAUUUGUUUCCUCACUGGUAAUGUGUUGCUAUAUGUGCGUGGGUAGCAGUUGUUGUAUUCUAAUUAGCCCUUGGAGGGUUAAGCAGAAUACGGAGAGAUGAGAGAUAUCUCCAACAUGCAAAAAAACUACCAUUAAUUUUAGCUUGGCUAAAAAAAAAAGUUUUUUAAAUGAGAAAGAUCUGCCAAGAGCUGGAUUCCCUGUGUUGUCAUACUCCGAGAGACUACUACUUCAGGGAAAAAAAAAAAAAAAAAAAGUCAUAUAUAUAUAUAUAGACGCAUUAUAUUUUAAGAAUGAUGUGAUGCUUGAAUGUGGGCGGAAUUUAGUGGUGGACUGAAUUGUCCUUAAAUUCAAACAUGUUUGCACUUUUGGACCAGAUCUGGUUUUUUUAUUAUAUUUCUGUGUGUGUUUGUUUUUAUAGUAGAAAUGCUUUUAAUGGCUAAUAUAAUAAUAGAUUUGGUUAAUACCGAGUGAUAUUUUUAAUAGUGCAUUUCAAAUAAAUUAUUUCAGUACAAUUCAUGUAUGAAUAAUGUAUUUCAUACCCUCAUUCUGAAUUGAUUUCACCACAGUAUUUU